GCGUGUUUGGAAGAUAGCAGCACCAUCAGGGAGCUAGCUAUACAGUAGGCACGCACAUACACACACACACACGCAUAUAUUUAUAGAUAGAUAGAUAUAGAUAUAUACAAAGCUACUACAUAAGCAUACAGACACAGAGAGAGAGAAGGCAGUAACAGCCACACCCACACACAUUCAAAUAUACACAGAUCCAGUGCUACUACUUCCACACAUAUAUAUAGACAACGUUACAACACACACACACACACACACACACACACACACACACAUAUAUAAUAUAUACAUAUACACGCGUACAUACGCGGAAGCCUUUGCUACAAUUUAUGCAUACUCACACGUCUCACACACACACUAUUCAAAUACAGCUAAGUACAUACAACCAGCAUUGCUCUCACACACACAGAUAAAUAUACAAUCACAUUAUACGCAUAGACCGUGCUACUCGCGCACACACAUACACACACGCCAUAGAAACAGAGGCGCAAUCAUACAUUCACAUACAACGACAGAUUAUAUAUGUAUCUGUGUAUAUAUAUAUAUAUAUAUAUAUAUAGAUAUAUGCUAUACACUCACAUACACACGCCAUCUUAGACAGCUUUACAAUUUAUGCACGCUCACACGUCAUACAAACAUAUAUAGAGAGCCAUCUAUUACCAGCACACGUCACACACAUACACGCAGUCAUGCAAAUAUAGACAGCCCAAUACAUUCACACGCCACAUAUAUAUAUAUAUAUGCGCACACACACAGACACACACAUACUCAAUCAAACGUAGACAGCUCUGUGCAUUCUCAUACCUCACACAAACACACACACCCAUACACGAAAGGCUAGUUCUAUAACAUUCACACGCAACAUAGUCACCCUUCUCUCGUACAUACACACACGCACACGCACAGCACUAUAUACAUACACGGGCAGGCUCUACAAUUUAUGCACACGUACACUCCACACACAGAGAGACACACUACCACAUACGCACAUACAACGUGUGUGACUACUUUUAUUAGCACUUACAUACUUGAAAUAUUUCUGUUGAAAUAUCCAAAAGUAUCAUUGAUACACACACACACAAGACAACUUACACACCAGUCCUGACGUUUUUACCAGAGGAAGCAGCAGUUCUUCACAUUGACUGAGACCUUUGACUACAGCGUCGUUGUGACAGCCGCCUCGUUAACCUCCAACCGUAUCUCUAUAGAUUGUUGCCACUAUUUGGUGCCCUGCUGGUUUUGGGAAGAGAAAAGAAGAGUCGGAGAAAGAGAGAGAGGGAGAAAACCUUUUCAACGUUUUUCUCCUCUGGAGCAUGUCAACCCAGACGGUGCUUCUACAGAGUGCACUGUGUGACCUGUUUUGUUGAGAAGAGACAAUCAGUCGGUCCGAGCCACAUUCUUUAAGACUCCACUAGUUGUUGUUUCAUGCUUUCAUUAUCAUCAUGGAGAGGUCUGCCGGGAUUCCAAUCUAUGGUGAAAUGUAUGGCAUGCCAUUCCAUCACAGACUUCCUACACCAAGAAUGCCAACCCUUAGUGACUUUUCUGGCAAGCAUUUCGGCCAGGAACAUGCUCUUGAUACUCAGAGGAUGGCUCCGUUAGGGGGCAAGCAAUUUCCUAUUCAUAGCUCACAGAGUUCUCACUCGCAGCAAAGGAUGACACCGAUUGCUGAGAAAUCCAGCCAUCACCAUAGCAACAGUUCUGGGAAGCACAUUCACCAUCGACAUAGUUCUUCUCAUUCACACAGCUCUCAAAGAAUGUUAGAACCCGGUGAGAAGUCUAUCCAUAAUAGCAGCAGUGACUCUGGGAAGCAGUACUCGCAUGACACCCACAGGAUCUCUCAUGUGGCUGAGAAAUCUUCCCAUAGUUCCGGCAAGCAUAUGUCUCAUGGAAGUUGUCAGGAGACUCCAAGGAUGUCACAUGUUCCAGAGAAAAACAUUCACAACAGCAUCUCUAGUAAACAGAUCUCUUCCCACAGACAUAACUUGGAGAAGGAGAGAAUAGCAUCACCAGUUGACAAACCAGACAACAACAGCAACAGUGACCUGUCUGGGAGCCAGUUCUCCCAUGAGUCAACUAUAGAGAGCCAGAGACUGCCACUGCCCUAUAUUGGUCAGACAGUGUUUCCUGGUAACAAUAUGUACAGCAGCCAGUAUUCUCAGCCGUGUUACUUACCGACGACUGACAGAAUGCAGUCAAGCUUGGAGAGCGGACAAUCAUCUAAGGAGAGUUCUUCUCAAAAGAGCUCCACUGCUAGUAUUGAUAAAUCAUUCCAUGGUGAUGUGUCUCAAAAACAAUAUGGCCCGAACAAAUUGUCGCCAACCCAACCCAAACCACAAGUAUUGAGGCAGCUCUUCUGCGAUUACUGUGGCAAGAAGUUUGCUCAGGAAUAUUUGAUGCACAUGCACCGAAGGAAACAUACUGGAGAGAAACCGUUCCAGUGCGACGUCUGCAACAAACAGUUCUCUCGUAAAGAUGUUAUGAAAAGACAUAAGAAAAACCAUAUGGA